AGCCUACCAAUAUAAAACUGAGUCCCUUGAUGAGUCAAUCAUCAAUCAAUCAAAUCAAGAAGAGAGAAGUAAUCUCAAAUCAGGCAGAGAGGAAGGAAUCUUAUCAUCUCAUCUCACUCACUCACUCAAAAUGUCGUCUUCAUCUGCUGCUUUUGCUCCGGACCACCAUCUCCACCACCAUCACUUCUCUCCUCCUUCAGGGGAACAACUCUGUUAUGUCCAAUGCAACUUUUGUGAAACUGUUCUCGCGGUGAGUGUUCCUUGUUCAAGUUUCUUCAAGAAUGUGACAGUUAGAUGUGGUCAUUGCACCAACCUUCUCUCUGUCAACAUUAUUCUUCCCAAUGCUGCUAAUCACCUUCAUCUACCCCAUUCUUUCUUUUCUCCUCACAAUCUUCUGGAUGAGAUUCGAAAUAAUCCACCAAGUUUGUUGAUGAAUCAACCAAUUAACCCGAAUGAAUCACUCAUGCCAAUUCAGGGAGGAGUUGAUGAACUUCCAAAGCCACCAGUCGCCAACAGACCUCCGGAGAAGCGACAGAGAGUCCCAUCUGCUUACAAUCGAUUCAUCAAGGACGAGAUCCAACGUAUCAAAGCUGGAAAUCCCGAUAUAAGACACAGGGAGGCCUUCAGUGCUGCUGCAAAGAAUUGGGCCCACUUCCCACACAUUCAUUUCGGACUUAUGACUGAUCAACCCGUGAAGAAACCAAAUGCAUGUCAACAGGAAGAGGAGGAUGUUCUGAUGAAGGAAGGGUUUCUUGCUCCAGCAAACAUUGGUGUAUCUCGUUAUUAAUUAAGGAAGUCAUGAAGUUACUCCAUCAGCAGUGUUCUCUUGUCUUUUUUAUGAUCUAAUUAGUUUUAUCCUAAAAAUAUUAGGGUUCCUGUUCUAUGUUGUCUUUGAAGAACUCUCUCUAGGACUUAAUAUGUCUUUAAAUUAAGAAGACAUUCUAAGUGUUUCAGGCUGCUUAGUUACUAAUAACGGGCGUACUAAGGAAAGAUUAUGUUGAAACAGUGUUUGUUUAUUCAUGAUAAUAACUAAGCUCUCUGAAACCCCCAA